CCCCAUUUGCGCCCAGCAGGGGUGCUGAGGCUCCAGACUGGGAUUGGAGGAGCUGUACUGGGAGCGCACUGGUCCAUACUGGGUCUGCAGCAUGGCUCUGCCACCUGCCCUGGCCACAGCCUCAUCUUUCCUGCUGCUGCUGCUCCUGGACGCGGUGCUGGUGACCGCGGUGGCCUCGGUGGCCCCGGUGCUGCCGCUGUGGCCACUGGUGGCCGUGUGGCUGGAGGCCGGGCUGCGGGCGCUGGCACUGACCACAGCCACACAGACCCUGGCCCUGCGGUGCCCCCGCGGUGCUGCCAUCACCAUCGGCCUCAGCCCGGCCGCCUUCAGCACCCUCCAGAGCCUCCUGGGGCCACCGCGCUCUGCACCGCCCCUCUUGGCCAUGGCCAACCCAUGGUGGCUGGUGGUGACCCACGGCGCGGCCGCGGUGGCCACGGUGGCCUGGGAUGUGCCGGUACCGGGGGGUUCCGAUGCAGCCCAGGCCGCGGUGGCCGUGCGGCAGCUCCUGGCCUUGGCACGGGGAGAGUGGUGCCUGUUCGGUGCUGCCUUCGUGGCCUUGGCGUUGGCCGUGGUGGGGGAGGUGGCUGGGCCCUACUGCACCGGGAAGGCUUUGGAGGCCAUCAGGAGCGGGGAUGGAAUCAGCGGUGUUGCGCUCGGCACGGUGCUGGCUGCGGAGCUGGGCAGCUCCUUCUUUGCCGGCUGCCGUGGUGGCCUCUUCCUCUUGGCCCAAGCCCGCCUCAAGCUGACAGCUUCCACCCGGCUCUUCUCCCACCUGCUCCACCGGGAUCUCACCUUCUUCCAGAAGACUCCAGCAGCCAAGCUCUGUGCCCAGUUAUCCAGUGAGGUACCACUGCUCUGUGGGGCCGUGCCCAAGAGCUCCAACGUGGCCUUGAGGAGCCUGGGCCUGGUCUUGGGCUUGGGGGGCUUCAUGGUGCUGCUGUCACCGGAGCUGGCGCUGCUGGCGGCGCUGAAGGUGCCCAUCACCAUCGUCACCAGGAAGGUCUAUGAUGGGCGCUACCAGGUGCUGCAGCGCGCGGUGCUGGAUGCCACGGCUGCCAGGUCCGCGGUGGUGCAGGACACGGUGGCUUCCAUGGACACGGUGCGGGCCUGCGCCGGGGAGGAGGAGGAGGAGCAGCGGCACUGCAGGGCCGUGACCGAGCUGCUGAGGCUGAAGCAGCGCUUGCAGCUGGAGGAGAUGCUCUACACCCUGCUCCAGCGGGUGCUGCGCCUGGCGCUGCAGGUCCUGGUGCUGUUCCGAGGGUACCAGCUGCUCCGGGAUGGCUCCUGCAGCGCCGGGGAUCUCAGCACCUUCCUGCUCUACCAGGCCAGGUUUGGGAGCCAUGUGGAGGCUCUCCUCAGCAGCCACGGCGACCUCCUGGCCAAAGCCACCUCCAGCCACCGCCUCUUGGCCAACCUCCAGCACGUCCCCACCAGUGGCACCAGUGGCACCAGUGGCACCCUGCGCCUGGCCCCCCUCCGCGGCCACGUCACCUUCCACCGCGUCACCUUCGCCUACCCCACUCGCCCCGAGUGCCUCGUCCUGCAGGACAUCACCUUCGAGGUGCUCCCCAAUGAGGUGACGGCGCUGGUGGGAGCCAACGGCAGUGGGAAGAGCUCUUGUGCCGCGCUGCUCAAGGGGUUCUAUGAGCCCCAGAGCGGGGAGGUGCUGCUGGAUGGGGUCCCCUUGAGGGACUACGAGCACCGGUACCUGCACCAGGAGGUGGUGCUGGUGGAGCAGGAGCCCAUCCUGUUCUCCGGAACCAUCCGAGACAACAUCACCCUGGGGCUGGAGGGCGCUGGGGAGCAGGAGGUGAAGGCGGCCGCCGCAUUGGCCGGAGCUUGGGGCUUCAUCAGUGACCUGGAGCAAGGGCUGGACACUGAUGUGGGGCACAAAGGGGCACAGCUCUCAGUGGGGCAGAGGCAGCGUGUGGCCAUAGCACGGGCUCUACUGCGCCGACCGACCCUCCUCAUCCUCGAUGAGCCCACCAGUGCCCUGGAGGGAGGCGAGGAGCUGGAGCCAUGGCGCUGGGUGCAACUGGGGGUCACCAGGACGCUGCUGCUCAUCACCCACUGCCCACGGCUCGUGGCUGGGGCUGACCGCACCGUGGGGCUGGGCCCGGCUAUGGGGCUGAUCCGUGGGGCAGUGAGGACACGGAGCCGGGUCCCUGCUAUGGGAUGGGGACAAGGGGAGCAUCCGGAUGCUGCCAGCAAUGGGGAGCAGUGA